CAGUGCUAGUGCACCGAAUCACUGGAAACAUUAGUCUAGAUUGGAAGCAAACUUGACUCAAUGACCAGGUUCAGGACCCUCUCGGUCGUAACGGAUACCGAUUUCCAAUGCGAUUCUGCCCCCUGGCCCAUCUAGGGUGACGAUGCAGAUCUCCCUGCGGCGCCCGGUGCGGACGAGGGCCGCUGACGCUGAGAUCUCUUCUCUUUGUCGUUUGGUCUCCCGCAACUGACACUCUUCCUUCUGUUCACCCAGAGAAAGAAUCUCGAGAAUUACUUAACCCAUGCUCUUCCCGGGGUAGAGAGACCUUUCGUCAUCAAGAGAUUCAAUCAACAACAUCAACAACUCAGCUCUCAAUCGAGGCCUCGAUAGAGCUUCUAAAGCUAUCAACGCGGCUCGAAAUCCACCAUCAAGCCUUUGGCCGACACAACAGAACCUCCGCCGAAGAUGUCGAAGCAACAACAGCAUUCAUCCCCAUCGGACCCCCAGAUGACCUUUUCGGACCCGCAUCCGUCCGUAGCAGACGUCAAAGUAGAUCAAAAUACAACGGAUUACUCUUCCGACCACCCUUCCACGAUACGGCAGAUCGACCCGGAAAAAGGUGGUCCUCCGGCCGACGGUGCGAAGCCGUCUUGGCCCGGCAGCGAUGCGCCGGACGGAGGUGUCACGGCAUGGCUUGUCGUUCUUGGCGCCUGGUGUACAUCGUUUUGCAGUUUCGGAUGGGUAAAUAGUGUCGGAGCUUUCCAGGAAUACUACCAGAACGACUUGCUCCGCAACUACUCGCCGAGUACCAUUUCAUGGAUUCCUUCUCUCCAGAUCUUCUUCAUGAUGGCAAUGGGACCCAUCAUCGGACAGCUUUACGAUCACUACGGCCCCCGCUACCUCAUCCUUGCCGGCACAUUCCUUCACGUCUUUGGUCUCAUGAUGACCUCUCUCGCAACUCAGUACUGGCAAAUCCUCCUAGCACAAGGCGUGUGCUCCGCCAUCGGCGUUGCAGCCAUCUUUCAGCCGGCACUAAAUACGAUCCACGGUUGGUUCAACGUCAAGCGCGGCGCCGCUUUCGGUCUCCUUUCCACCGGCUCCAGCAUCGGCGGCAUCGUCUUCCCGAUCAUGGUGACAAGAUUGAUCAAGUCGCUGGGUUAUCCCUGGGCAAUGCGCAUCUGCGCCUUCAUGAUCCUCGGUCUCCUCAUCAUCGCGAACCUCACAGUCAAGGCCCUCCACCCGCCGCGUCCCCAAAAGAUAUCCAUGGAUCAGAUCAUCCGCCCCUUUAAGGAGUAUGAGUUUGUCUGUGUCGUCAUCGGUUUUUUCCUAUUCACAUACGGCAUCUUCGUGCCUAUCAACUACAUCCAGGUCCAGGCCCUCGAGGCCGGCAUGGACCCUAACCUGGCGCAGUAUCUCGUAGCCAUCCUCAACGCUGGCAGUCUCUUCGGCCGAAUAUUCUCCGGCCUCAUGGGCGACAAGAUUGGAAAGUACAACAUCUUCGUGGUGGUGUGCUACCUGACCUCGAUCUGGAUGCUUGCGCUCUGGAUCCCGGCCAACUCGGACGGCGCGCUAAUCGCCUUUGCCAUACUCUUCGGCUUCUGCUCCGGCGCGUACGUUUCGUUGAUUGCACCCCUCAUCGCCCAGAUCUCGCCCCUCCAUGAGAUUGGCUUCCGCACGGGAAUCACGUUCUUCACAAACUCUAUUGGCGGUCUGACGACGAACCCUAUCAACGGAGCUAUUUUGGCUGGCUCGGGGGGGUGGGUCGGCAUCAAGGUGUUCUCGGGCGUGUUUUGCAUUGCAGGAACGACUUUUAUCCUUGCGGCGAGAAUUCACCGCACCGGAUGGAAGGUCUUUACUGCAUUCUAGACUGAAGGCGCGGCAAGGAAGCAUUGUUAUAUUACUAAUGACGGACUGGGGCGGCAGAAUGCAACAAUCUUUACGUGAAGGAAUUUGGCAUUGGCAUAUAGAUUAAGACAUCCGUACAUUUUAUAUUUAACACCCUCAACUCUUUUCACAGUCUCCUCAUACAGAGCGCCUAGAGAACCUGGUUCGAUGUGGUUGAAGACUCACGUCAUAUUAUGAAAGAUUAGCGCGUAUCGUAAAGACUUGACGCGACAACGUGCCACAAACGAUACGAUGGUCUCAUCAAGCAAUCGUUAUGACACCCUAUCCCAUAGCGUCUGAC